CGCCGGGGACGCAGGAGCAGGGAGCUGUUGAGCGAGAGGGGCAAAGCAGAGAGAGGAAGAUGGCGUUGCGGGAGGUGGCCGGGCUUGUGCUGCUGGGCCUGACGCUGGCGGCGGCGCAGACGGGGCAGGUGCCCUUGCUGGCCUGGUCCAGCCACAGAUCCUUGUGGUCCCCUUUGGCAGCCCCACAUGAGGGACAUGUGGUGACAGAAACUCAACUGGCAGCACUACUGGACUCGGCAUUAGACGGUGGACCUCACAAUGUGUUGCUUUUCCUUCAGGAGAAACUCAGUGUUGAAGAUUUCACCGCCUAUGGAGGGGUAUUCGGAAACAAGCCAGACAGCGCCUUCCCCAACCUAGAGAAUGCGCUAGGUGCAGCUCCCUCCUCCUUAGUGCUUCCCUCUGUGGACUGGUUUGCAGCGAGUGCUGUCCCUGCAUUUUUGAAGGCCAAGUUGGGCAUCUCGCCCCUCCAUGUGGAUCAAAACACCCUUCAGGAGCUGCGGCUCAAUGCCAGCUUACCUGCCUUGCUGUUGAUACGACUGCCAUACACCACUGGUUCAAGUUUGAUGGCCCCAAAAGAAGUUCUAACCAGCAAUGAUGAAAUCCUAGGGCAGGUUCUAAGUGCCCUUCAAUCAGAGGACAUUCCCUAUACUGCUAUCCUGACUGCUUUACGGCCUUCAAGGGUUGUUCGGGAUGUGUCUGAUUUGGCCCCAGAGAGACUGGGCCGACAGUUGCUCCAGAAGGAGACUACAGUUGCACCGGUCCGUUACCCUAAAACUGGGACCCCACAGAUACUCUUCUGGGCCAGCAACUUCUCGGUGGCUAUCAACGACACAUGGCACGACCUUACUAAACUCACAUUUGGAGUCCCUGUUGAUGUGGAGAAGUCUAAAUGGAUGUUCAAUUCUUCUGAGUUAGUACUGAGUUAUCCCGAUGUGGGUGGGCAACCCUUAACAGUCACGUUCAGCAUGACAAACCGCUUCUACUCCGUUUCAGCACGGCACUGGUUUACUGUCCAAACUGUGCAGCUGCACAGGCCUCCAAAUCCCCCAGCAGUCUUCAAUGCCACCCAGAUGACAGCACCCAGCAACUAUUCAUUCAGCUGUGCCCAUGUCAGUAAUCAGCCGGCCUCUGGGGCCAUCUUGGUACCCCACACCAAUGCCCACCACUGGAAGGUGGUGAUAAUGAAUUUUCAGAUCCAGAGCUUCAACGUGACAGGCGAACAAUUCUCCUAUGCCAGUGACUGUGCUGGCUUCUUCUCUCCUGGAAUUUGGAUGGGUUUGCUGACCUCCCUGUUGCUUGUUGCCAUUUUCACCUAUGGCCUCCACAUGGUCAUGAGUCUCAAGACUAUGGACCGUUUUGAUGACCCCAAAGGGCCUACCAUCUCUGUGCCCCAGACCGAGUAGCUCCCUCCUCUUGUAGCCAUACUGGGUUUGUUCUGCUCUUUCCACCCAUUGCCACAUCCUCACAACACAAUCCAUUAGGAUCCUGUUUGGUCCAGCCCCAUAUCUUUUUCUAUCUUCAGGUUCCCUUUCCCAGUAGUUGCUUCCCCGUUAACAUCCCUUUAUCACUUCUUCUGUGCUUCUGAUAUUUUCCCACUACCCCAGCUUCAAAUGAUCCAGUGGAUGUGGUGGAAAUAAGGGGGAUGUGUAGUUUUCCAACGGAUGGAAAAGCAAGUCCUGCAUGAAGUGCAGUGUCUCAGCUGUCUGCCAUGAACUUUGCUGAGGGCAGAACUCUUCAGGGACACAUUGUCAUCCCUUUGGGUUUCCAGUGGAACAAAAGUAGUCUUGCCUUGUAAUGUGGUGUACAUGCUCUCUUACAUUGUUGUGUUAAAUGUCUCUAUCUCACCCAGAUCCUCUUACGUAGUGUUUAGAUGGUCCUUCUCUCUUCCCCCAUUCCUCAGUUAUUUAUUUUAUUUUUUGGUUCUUGUGAUUACUUCUGUUUACAGUGACUCAGUAUUUGGGACUCCGUGCUGCUGUUGUUCAGGGGUGAGUGGGGUUUCCUUCCUAUAACCCCUGCUAUUUCAUCAACUUGAAAGAUGUGAAUAAAUGACAAAUAGUCAAA